AUGGAAGCAUGGCGGCAGUGCGCCCGCUGGCUGGUGGCGGCACGGGUGCUCCCCGCGGGCCACCGGGCCAGCAGCCCCGGGGGACAAGUGUGGGACCUGGCGCAGGCCCUGCGGGAUGGGGUGCUGCUCUGCCACCUCCUCAACGCACUCCUGCCCCGCGCUGUGCCCCCCCGGGACAUCUGCCCCCGCCCUCAGAUGUCACAGUUCCUGUGCCUGAGGAACAUCCGCACCUUCCUGACUGCCUGCGCCGACAAGUUCGGGCUCCCCAAGCAUCGCCUCUUUGGCGCCUUCGACCUCUUCGACGUCCAGGACUUUGGCAAGGUGAUCGACACCCUCUCCACACUGUCCUGGACCCCCAUCGCCCAGAGCAAAGGCUUCACACCCUUCCCCACCGAGGACUGCAUUGGGGACGAUGACAUCUACAGCGGCCUCUCAGACCUCAUUGACGACACGGCGGAGGAGGACGACGACCUCUACGACUGUGUGGAGGCCGAAAAGGACGACGGCGAUGAGAUCUACGAGGACCUGAUGCGGGUGGAGGCCCCACCGGCCACCGUGAGUGUCCCCCCCCGGAAGGUGGAGGUGGACCGGAGGCUGUGCUGCCUCCAGGAGCUGCGGCAGACGGAGGAGAGGUACACGGAGACCCUGGAGUCCAUCUGCCAGCACUUCCUGCGGCCACUGCGACACUUCCUGCAGCCCCAAGACCUCGAGAGCAUCUUCAUCAACAUCGAGGAGCUGCUGCAGCUGCACCGGCUCUUCCUGGGGGAGCUGCGGGGGGCAGUGGGGGGGCCCGGAGGGGGCCGCGGGCUGCCCCCCCUCUUCCUCGCCUACAAGGAGAGGUUCCUGCUCUACGGCCGCUACUGCAGCCAGGUGGAGGCGGCCGCCCGGCGCCUGGACCAGCUGGCAGCUGGCACCGACCUCCGCAUGAAGCUGCAGGAGUGCUCCCAGCGAGCCAACAACGGGCGCUUCUCCCUGCGGGACCUGCUGAUGGUGCCGAUGCAGCGGGUGCUCAAGUACCACCUCCUGCUGCAGGAGCUGGUGAAGCUGACGCCGGAGCCGGCCGAGAGGGAGAGGCUGCGGGCAGCCCUGGAUGCCAUGAGGGACCUGGCGCAGUGCGUGAACGAGGUCAAACGGGACAACGAGACCCUGAAGCAGCUCACCAGCGUCCAGCUCUGCCUCCACAACAUGUCGCAGUCCCUGGCACAGUUCGGGCGCCCCAAGAUCGACGGGGAGCUGAAGGUGUCCAGCACCGAGCGGCGCUCCAAGGUGGACAGGUACGGCUUCCUCCUGGACAAGGCCCUGAUCAUCUGCAAGCGCCGGGGGGACUCCUACGAGGCCAAAGAAGUUGUGGACCUGCAGAGCCACCAACUGCGGGACGGUGGCCUUGGCCCCCGUGACGGCAAGAAGUGGACCCACACCUUCCUGCUCAUCGACACGGCCGGGCUGCAGGGCUACGAGCUCUUCUUCAAGACACGUGAGCUGAAGAAGAAGUGGCUGGAGCAGUUCGAAAUGGCCCUCUCCAACAUCUUCCCUGAGCACGCGCUGGCUGAUGGGCACGACUUCCAGAUGUUCUCCUUCGAGGACACCACAUCCUGCAAGGCCUGCCAGAUGUUGCUGAGGGGCACGUUCUACCAGGGGUACCGCUGCAGCCGGUGCCGGGCCCCCGCGCACAAGGAGUGUCUGGGGCGGCUGGGGACCUGCGGCAGGGGCGGCGCUGGUGAGAGGCGUUAUGGGAUAGGUCUCACUGGUCCCCAGAACAAGUCACAGCGGCCGGGCCCUGAGAAGAAACGGGGAGACUUGGGGCUGCCCAAGAUGGAGGCGAACCAGCACUAUGGUGGGGUGCCCCCACCACCGGGGUCCAUGGGUCCUGCCCUGCGGCUCAGCCCUGGGGACAUCGUGGAGGUCACUGUGGCCGAGGCCGAGCAGCUCUGGUGGCAGGGCAGGAACGUGGUCAACGGUGACGUGGGCUGGUUCCCCUGUGCCGCUGUCAGACCCUUCAUCUGCACGCCGCUGCCGGAUCUCUCAGUCUACCUCUGGUAUGCAGGCCCCAUGGAGCGGGGGGAAGCCGAGCAGAUCCUGACACCCCGCUCGGAUGGCGCCUUCCUGGUGCGGCAGCGGGUGAAGGACGCCGGUGAAUUUGCCAUCAGCAUCAAGUACCGCACGGAGGUGAAGCACAUCAAGGUGAUGACGGCAGAGGGGCUCUACCGCCUCACAGAGAAGAAGGCCUUCAAGGGGCUGGUGGAACUGGUGGAGUUCUACCAGCGCAAUUCGCUCAAAGAUUGCUUCAAGGCGCUCGACACGGCCCUGCUGGUGCCCUUCAAGGAACCCGAGAGCCGGGCUGGCCCCUGGCCACCUGGUAGGACCUGGGGUGUGGGGGCCGUGCGCAGCUUCGGCUCGGCCAAGGCCCGCUACGACUUCUGCGCCCGGGACCGGACGGAGCUGACGUUGCGCGAGGGCGAUGUAAUCCGUGUCCUCAGCAAGAAAGGCCACCCGGGCUGGUGGAAAGGCGAGAUCUAUGGGCGGGUCGGCUGGUUCCCCGCAAACUACGUGGAGGAGGAUUACUCGGAGUACUGCUGA